AGAAUUAGUUAAGAAUCUGCGAUGGCUCUACCGUAAUUAUUCCAAAUUUCAGGCCCGUUUCCGUUAACCUCUUCUUCGUUUCCCGCAGUUUUUAAGUUACCAGAGCUCGUUUGCUCCCUCCUUCGCUCUGUGAAACACAAGAUAUUUAUCUCUCUAUCUCUCUGAGCUUCAACAACGGCUGCAAUGGCGAAGAACUUGAGAGGAGUUCUCGUCUCAUUCUUCAUCGCUAUCUCUCUACUCUUUGCCGGCGAUGCUCACGCGCACAAUGUCACGCGCCUCCUGGCGAAGCACCCAUCGUUCUCCACCUUCAGCCAUUACCUGACCCAGACCCACCUCGCCGACGAGAUCAACCGGAGAACCACCAUCACCAUAUGCGCCGUCGAAAACUCCGCCAUGUCCGACAUCAUCUCCAAGGGCUACACCAUCUCCACCAUCAAAAACAUCCUGUCCCUCCACGUCCUCCUCGACUAUUUUGGCGCCAAAAAGCUCCACCAGAUCCGCGACGGCUCCGCCCUCGCCGCCACGCUCUUCCAGGCCACGGGCUCGGCUCCGGGAACAACUGGAUUCGUCAACAUCACAGAUCUGAGGGGAGGCAAGGUCGGAUUCGGACCGGACGGCGGAGAUCUGUCGGCGUUCUUCGUGAAAUCCCUAGAGGAGGUUCCGUACAACAUAUCAAUCAUCCAGAUAAGCAAGGUCCUGCCGUCGGAGGUGGCGGCGGCUCCGACGCCGGCUCCGGCGGAGAUGAACCUCACCGGAAUAAUGUCGGCGCAUGGCUGCAAGGUCUUCGCUGAGGCCCUACUCGCCAACCCCGGAGCUUCCAAGACGUACCAGGAGAGCGUGGAAGGAGGGAUGACGGUGUUCUGUCCAGGGGACGAAGCCAUGAAAGGGUUCAUGCCGAAAUACAAGAACUUGACGGGUCCGAACAAAGAAGCAUUCAUGGAGUUCCUGGCGGUGCCGACGUACUACUCGAUGGCGAUGCUCAAAUCCAACAAUGGUCCGAUGAACACUCUCGCCACCGACGGCGCCAACAAGUUCGAGCUCACUGUCCAGAACGACGGCGAUGACGUCACCCUCAGGACCAGGAUCGACUCCGUCAAGAUCACCGAUACUUUGAUCGACGAGGAGCCCCUCGCCAUCUACGCAACCGAUAAGGUUUUGUUGCCGAAAGAGCUGUUCAAGGUGGCGGAAGCCCCAACGCCUUCUCCUGCUCCGGCUCCGGAAGAUGAGGCUGCGGAUUCGCCGAAGGCCUCCAAGGGGAAGAAGAAGAAGAAGACCAAGGAGGCUCCUUCGCCGGACUCUUUGGAUGAUUCGGAAUCACCGGCGGAUUCGCCUGAAGGUGAUAACGUGGCUGAUCAGACAGCUGACGAUGCCGGAGACAGGAUCGGCGGAGGAGCUAAGUUCGGUUUUGUCAUGAGUUUGCUCUGCUUUUGCGCUUCCUGGCUGCUCUAGUUCUUAUCAUUUUUCCUUUAUAAAAAAAAAAAAUUUAAUUUGCAUGAAUGAAUGAGCUUUGGGGUAAAUAAAACGGGUGUUAUUAUUUAUUUCCCCUAUUUGAUUUGUUUUUUUUUUUUUUGGCGUUUUAGUUAGUGUGGUUUAUGUGUAACGCGACUUGGGCAGUUGGGCUACUGAAGUUUGGACACGCGCUCACCCCCGCGCGUGGGAAUACACGUGUUAAAUUUUAUUAUCAAGCUUUCGGGAGUG